AUGCACAGCUACAGGGACCUGGCGAACACCGCCCAGGAUCAGAAGAAAUUUUUGGACGAGUGCAUUUUCAUCGUCAAGGAGCAGAGCUUUUACAUGAAGCAGGCACUGGAAAAUGGAUCCCUCCGGGACACGCUGAAGCACGCGUCGAACAUGCUGUGCGAGCUGAGGACGUCGCAGCUGUCGCCCAAGUACUACUACGAGCUGUACAUGCUGAUCUUCCAAGAACUGCAGCACCUAGACACGUUCAUAAACGACAAGAAGAAACAUAAGAAGAGGUUCAUUGAUAUAUACGAGAGCGUCCAGCACGCAGGCAACAUCAUCCCGAGGCUUUACCUACUAAUCAUCGUGGGAAGGAACUACAUAAAGAAUAAAGACAUUAAGGCAAAGUACAUUUUAAAAGACAUGACCGAGUUAUGUAAGGGCAUUCAGAACCCUCUGAGGGGGUUAUUCUUACGCUAUUUUUUAAUACAAAUGUGCAAGGAUAGAAUCCCAGACACGGGAAGUGAAUAUGAAGAAGCGGGUGGAGGAAAUAUAGACGAUGCUUUUGAGUUCCUUCUCUCAAAUUUUUAUGAAAGUAUCAAACUGUGGAGCCGAAUGAGUGAUAAGGUAGUCAUGAAGUUAUCCCCUGGGCAAGAUGAACAAAUUUUGCAUAACAAUAGAAAUAAAGUGUUAAGGGAAAAAAUGGAUGUUAAAAUGCUAGUGGGAUCAAAUCUAGUUCGUAUGUCUCAGUUAGAAGGAAUGACGAGACAAUAUUACAUUGAAAAGUGUCUCCCCAAAUUGCUACAGAAUCUUUCCACUAUAAACGACUCACUCAUUCAGCAGUACAUCUUUGAGUCCAUCGUUCAAGUGUUUAGUGACGAAUGUCAUAUUUACACUCUGGACAUCCUCCUAAACGCCAUUCAGAAAAUAAAUAGCUCACUGGAUUUUAAGGGCAUCCUCAUCACCCUAUUGAAGAGGUUGCGAUGUUUUAUCGAGUCCAACAGAUUUGAAGUGCCAAAGGAGGUUGACAUUUUUUCUCUCUUUUAUGAGCACCUAGUUUUGUACGUCCAUCGGACGUUAGAUUCUUAUGAGGGGGGGAAGGGCACCUACAGUCUGGCGUUCCAGCAGGACGGCCAGAAGUUUCCCCCCCGGGAUGCUGCCGCGGAGCACUGCAAGGGGGACGGCGAGAAGAGAGCCGCGAAUAGCGGCCACACCGCCAAUACUGCCAAUACGGCUAACGCCGCUAACACCGCGCCAAACUGCAAAAUCAUCAAAAGCGCGGAUGCGAAGGGCCCCCCCGGGGAGGAGAAGCGAACGCCGAACGAAGCCACUUACUACGGAGGCGCGACGCACCAGGGGGGCAGCAACAAAGCGGCCAACUAUGGAAACCUGCCCAGAGGCACCCACCGCCGUUGCAGUCAUGAAGAGAAGAACCAGCGAAACGAUGAAGACGAAGAAUUCGUGGAGAACGUAGUUAAAAUGCUGCAAGUUCUAUAUGAGUUUAUCUUCCUGUGCAUACGCAUAUACGACGAUGUCAUCACGAUUAGCAAACUGUUUGAACUCCCCUACAUGAUAGCGUCCAAUGUGAAUCUGAGCAAUGACGUGCUGUGCGAGCAGAUCAUCAGCAUCAUUGUGCUUCCCUUUAACUACUUGGGGCUGAGUGCGCUCAAGGGGAAGAACAUGCAGGCGCUGUUGGCCAGCGUAACGUCCCAGAAACAUAAGAAGAAGCUCAGCCUGGACAUCAUCGACGCCAUCAUCGAGUGCAAGAACAAGGCCAUCGUCUACAGGGACGUGGAGGAAAUCCUCAGCUACAUUUCGCCUAUUUUUAACGAAGAUGUGCGGAGGGGGGCGGACCUAGUAGAGGAUCCACACAAGAGGGAGGUUCACCAAAGGGAUGGCUACCAAAGGGAUGGCUACCAAAGGGAUGGCCACCAAAGGGAUUCGCACCAAGCAGACCUGUUCAACCCAGAAAACGGCGCCAUCACAUAUGCGGCCAAAAAAAUGUGCAAAUUUUUUCACAUCAUAACCAACACGGACGACAUUGACGAGCGCUACAACAUUUGCAUGCUCUUUUAUAAGCACAUCGAAAAUGGCCCCUACCUGGUGCACCUCCUGCCGACCAUAGUGUUCACCAUGCUGCACUUGGUGACGACCAUCACGAACUUGGCCCCCAGCUCGCGGAGGAAGAGCCAGUCGCGGCAGGACCAGCCCUUCGAGAAGAGGGAGCACCCGGAUGAGCGGCCCCGCGACGAUAACACCCAUGAUGAGCACACCCGUGAUGGAAAUACCCCUGAUGGGCAUACCCAUGAUGGGCAUACCGUUGAUGAGCACACCCAUGAUGAGCAUACCUUUGAUGACCUCCACUCGGAUGACCGCCACUCGGAUGACCGCCACUCGGGAGACCCCUUCCUGGAGGAAAAGCUGAAGCAAUACAACCUGUACGUGAAGAACAUUUUGAAGUUUAUUCACACGAACCUGCUCUGCGUGAGUAGCCAGAUCCCGAUGCUAGCGCUUAAGCUGUUCCUGCACAGUGCCGUAGUGGUAAACAAUUAUGAGCGCUUCGUCCAAGCACACCCAUUUUUAUCCUUCGAAAAUUUGGAAGCCAUUUGCUACGAAUUCAUAACACAGCCACUAAUUAUUUAUGAGGAGGACAUCAACAUCUCCUCACAGCAGUACAGCUGCAUCAUUUGGAUCACAGGCAUCCUCUGCUCCCAUAUUACUCUCCUCCAAAAUGAAAACUACGAAAAUAUUGCCCUCAAGUUAACUCAGCAUGCAAAUAAGUUGCUAAAAAAAAAGGACCAAUGUUUGGCCAUCCUGGCAUGCUCUCAUAUUUACUGGGAAAAUAGAAAAUAUAGAAAUAGCGCCAAGGUGUUGGAGUGUCUGCAGAAGUGCAUAAAGAAUGCAGAGGUUGCCGUUCAGUCAAACAACGAUAAUGUAAUUCUGUUCCUUUUUUUGUUGCAAAAAUAUGUCUACUACUAUGAGGCAGAAAAUAUCGAAAUCACGGAGGACAGCGUACAUUACUUGCUGCACAUUUGCCAGGAGGAGUUCUCCAGGGAGACCUGCGACGCGGGAUUCAAGCAGGAGUUCUUGCAGACCGUCAAGUACGUGCACGCCAAGAAGGAGAGUUCCAACGCGUUCGCUAAAAUCGGCUUGGACGCCUCGCUUCUGCGGUAG